UACCGGUUAUCAUAAUAGUCACAUGGUCAUGGUCAUGUGAAGUGGUGAUAUGAAGUUUAUUUACGACUCUUACGAGCCAGCUAACGCGCUACACAUAUGAGAGGCGAAAGGCGACCGCGUGGAAAUUACUUCUAUUUUGGAGUAAUCCGUUCAAAGGCAAGAUGACGCAGAGCGAGAAAGGAAAGGAAAAAGGAACGAGUGUACGAAAUGUCUUUAUUACUUCGCUUAUCGCAGGAGGUGCCGCAGGAACGUUCGUGGACGUUGCACUGUAUCCGCUGGACACGUUGAAAACCCGACUCCAAAGUGCACAAGGAUUUUUGAAGACUGGAGGCUUUACAGGUCUUUAUAAAGGAAUUUUACCAGUCAUAGUUGGUUCUGCACCAACAGCUGCACUGUUUUUUUUAACAUAUGAAGAAAUCAAGACUAUAAUGCAGCCUAGGAUUUCUGCAGAUUAUUAUACUCCACUUCACAUGGGAGCAGCGACAGUGGGAGAAAUGGUAGCAUGUUUACUACGAGUUCCAGUUGAAGUUAUGAAACAAAGGAAACAGGCACAGAUAUGUGAUAAAAAAUCGCUUGAUCUCAGAAUAUUAUAUCGUGGAUAUUGGACCACAGUGUUACGAGACUCGCCGUUUAGUAUUGUACAAUUUCCAUUGUGGGAAUAUUUAAAAAAAUCUUGUAGUUUCUACGUUGAAAGAGAAAUUUAUCCCGUGGAGAGUGCAAUCUGUGGUGCAAUUGCAGGAAGCAUCUCUGCGGCUGUUACUACUCCAUUAGACGUUGUGAAAACGAGAAUAAUGUUGGCAAACAGAACGUUACUUUCGUCAGAAUUAAGAAUAUUAAAUGUACUUCAUGAAGUGUACCUACAAAAAGGUUUUCGUGGGUUAUUUGCUGGUUUUGCACCAAGAGUAAUGUGGAUUACUUUAGGAGGUUUUAUUUUCUUUGGAGUUUAUGAAGAAGCAAAAGUACUUACACAUACAGUAUUUCCAAUGCUGAAAUAAAAAUAUAAUUGGUUCUAUCUUUGUGUGGAAAAAUAAACUCAUAAAUUAUCAAUUACUUAGCCAUCGUAAAUCAAACUUAUUAUAAUUUAGUUGUCAUAAAAAAUGGAUUAUACUUUUUGAAACAUGUAUAAAAUAUUUAUUUCUUUUAUUGUACAAAAUAUUUUUGGCUUUAACAAUGUAUCUUUUUGGCUUUGACAAUGUAUGACUUAUGUAUAACUUUGUAUGAAUACAAUUUGCAAAAGUA